CUGCCUCCCGCGGCACCGGGGCCCGGCGGGCGCGACGCGGGGGUUCAGGUGGGAGCGACGUUGGUCCCGCCGGGCCUAGGUUACCUCAGCGCGGGGGCGUCCACGAACUCGAGACCUUGAACCGACGCGGAUCUCUCUGAAAAUCGAAAGUAGUCAUUUUAGAGCGAGACGUGGGAAACUCACAUAAAGAAUGACUUCUUUUCAAGCCUUCUUUCUCUUCGUGAAGUACCAGGGAUGAAAGAUGAAUGAAGGCCUUUCUUGCCUUUAGAGAAUUUGGUCGUCGGGGACACGUCGGUUAACAUUUGUGCUGUAGUGCGUCCCUCAGUCUUCUGGGAGGAGUGUGAAGAUGCUAAAGGAGCGUCCAGGGAUGGCAGAAGACCCCCAGCAACAGAUGGGUGUUCCUGUGGUAAAGCUGGAGAAAGAGUUGCCAUGGGCCAGGGGAAGGGAGGACCCUAGUCCUGAGACUUUUCGUCUGAGGUUUCGGCAGUUCCGCUACCAGGAGGCAGCUGGUCCUCAGGAAGCCCUCAGGGAACUCCAGGAACUCUGUCGCCAGUGGCUGAGGCCUGAGCUGCAUACCAAGGAGCAGAUCAUGGAGCUGCUGGUGCUGGAGCAGUUCCUGACCAUCCUGCCACGGGAGUUCUAUGCCUGGAUUCGGGAGCAUGGCUUGGAGAGUGGCAAGGCUCUUGUGGCCAUGGUGGAGGACUUCACAGAGAGAACGUUGGAGGCCAAGGCGGUUCCAUGCCUCGUGCAGGGAGAACGGGAGGAGACAGCACUUUGCAGAGGCCCUUGGGAACCAGGUGUUCACCUGGGGCCAGUGGAGGUCAAGCCUGAGUGGGGGAUGCCCCAUGGGGAAGGAAUUCAAGGCCUAGACCAAGGCACUGAGGAGCAACUCAGUCAAGACCCUGGAGCUGGGACACAAGCCUUCCAGGAGCAGGCUCUGCCAGUUCUUCAGGCUGGUUCUGGCCUCCCUCCAGUGAACACCAGAGACCAAGAGAUGGCAGCUGGGUUCCUUUCAGCUGGACCCCAGGGGUUGGGACCAUUUAAAGAUAUGACUCUGGCCUUCCCUGAGGAGGAAUGGAGACAUGUGACCCCAGCCCAGAUAGACUGUUUUGGGGAAUAUGUGGAACCCCAGGACUGUGGGGUCUCACCUCCAGGCAUUGGGAGCAAGGAAAAGGAGUCUAAAACCCAGCAGGCAGACCUCAAGGGGUCGCUUGCUCGGGUGACGGCAGAGAGGUUUGGGGAAGCCACGCUCCAGAGCCCUGAGCUUGGAAGAACCUGUGAGCAGGAGCCCAGUAGCUCUGUGGGAAACAUGCCAGGGCCGCCUCCUCCUCAGCAUGGUGUCAUACCCCUGCCCGAUGACCUCAAGACCCACAGCUCCUUUUGGAAGCCUUUUCAGUGCCCCGAGUGUGGAAAAGGCUUCAGUCGGAGCUCAAAUCUUGUCAGACACCAGCGAACCCAUGAAGAAGAGAAAUCCUAUGGGUGUGUCGAGUGUGGGAAGGGGUUCACCUUGAGAGAGUACCUCAUGAAGCACCAGAGAACCCACCUGGGAAAGAGACCCUAUGUGUGCAGUGAGUGCUGGAAAACGUUCAGUCAGAGGCACCACCUCGAGGUCCACCAGAGGAGUCACACAGGGGAGAAGCCUUACAAGUGUGGUGACUGCUGGAAAAGCUUUAGCCGGAGGCAGCAUCUGCAGGUGCAUCGGAGAACUCACACAGGGGAGAAGCCCUACACUUGUGAGUGCGGCAAGAGCUUCAGCAGGAACGCAAACCUGGCUGUGCACCGGCGAGCCCACACCGGGGAGAAGCCGUAUGGGUGCCAGGUGUGUGGGAAGCGGUUCAGUAAAGGGGAGCGAUUGGUCAGACACCAGAGGAUCCACACUGGGGAGAAGCCCUACCACUGUCCAGCCUGCGGGAGGAGCUUCAACCAGAGGUCCAUCCUCAAUCGUCAUCAGAAAACUCAGCAUCGCCAGGAGACCCUGGCACAGUAAGGAUGCACCUUUUUUACGAAAGGAAGGUGCUGGAAGGUGUAGGACCUUUCAGGAUCGCCAAGUGGAGGGAGAUCCCAUUGGAGGAUGCAUUCGUCUUUCCUCACUGAAGGGCUUUGAGGAGGGAGUGGUAGAGUGAUAGGGUGCAGAAAGGCACUUUGACCCAUUUUCUUUACAUUUGUUGUCAAACAGAAGCAAGGCAAUGCCUGAUUUAUUUUGAGUUUCCAGAGAGCACAGCUCCUCACGUCUCUUAUUCAAGUGGUGCAAACUGUUUUUUACUGUCUUUUGGGAAAUUAUAUCCUGAACUUCAGUUCAGGUUGAAGUUUUUCUCCUUCAUUGGGAUGUCAUGUACGCCUCUCGAGCAAGUCUGACAAAGUUUUGUCCCAUGUUGGCAAGUUACACCUCAUUGUGAUGAGGGCUGUAUCGACCUGCAAAAUCAUUAGUUCAGACUCUGCCUCUCUUCUUUUCCAUUUAACAAGUAUUUAUUGAACAGCUACUGUGUCUGGUGCUGGGAGCACAGUGGUGAAUGAGGCACAUGAGAUGUGAGCCUCCUGGAACUGGUGAUUUAGCAGUGGAAACACACAGAACCAUUAAUAGCUCCAGACAUUCUAAGUUAUGUUUGUGGUACGUGCUGUUUGAGAGGGUAGUCUUCUUCUGGUGCUCACUCGUUCUGCCCUGCCACUCAGGUGCUGGAUCUUCCCCUCCCUAGUUAGGAUCUCUCAGGCAGCCUUGUUUAUUUUACUUUAUUUUUACCCCCUUUGUCUCUGUAACAGCAUACCCUCAUUUGUAUAGUUUCCCCAUUAUUCCUUGUACUGUAACAACUAUCCACCCAUCUAGUAGGAAAUUAAUAUUUUGCUAUUGAUUACCGAAUAAACAUGAAAGUAUUUUAAAAAGUGUUCAGUUCUAUAUAAAGAUCUAAUUAAAUAAAUCUGAAAGAUGAACUAUUAUUAA